CUUGGUAGCCAUGCCUUAACCGAAUCAAACAUGGCGGCUUGAGGGCAGGUACAUAUUGUUCAUGUGUGGAAAAAGCCUCCCACAUGGAGCCUGGCAGGCAAUUCGCGGAGAAAGUGGUUACCUUUUCGAGCCAGUACGGUGCAGGGAAUUCACGGAGUUAUACAGCUGGAAAUCUGGCUGGAGAAAGUUACAAUUUCCCGGGUUAUGGUGAUUUUACACAAGCUUUUGUUUUGAGAACAUAUGGGCCAUGGUGGAAUUUAAUGGCUCCAUCGUCGCGAGCACCUAUUAGCAAGUCGAAGAAGGAUUUUAUCAGUCAGGAUUUUGUUGAUCUCCAGUUUGCUGACAUUGUACACCCUACAAAAAUUGAAAUUCUUGAAACUUAUAAUCCUGGUGCAGUGGUUCGCAUUUUAGCUCUGGAGCUAGGUAGCUGUAAUAAACACAGAUGGACUACCUUGUGGUCUGGAGAGCCUCAACAUUGUCCUCCUCGUGCUAGAAAAUUUUCCCCACCCCUGAGAAGUACAAAGCAGCCAACAAAUUUGAUCCGCUUGGAGUUCAAUCAAAGCCAUCUGGAUUAUUAUACUGAGCUUGAUGCUGUCAUUUUGUAUGGAAAACCAGCUAGCAAUGAGACGCGUGAAGAAUUGAAACCUACAGCAGUAGCUAACAAGUCAGAAGUGUCCUUGACGGCAAAUUUAUUUCGACAGCUUUCUCUUUCUGACAAGAAAACUGAUGGUCAAGAGGACUUAGCACUCAAUGGAUACUUUGAUAUUUUGCCGAGUGAACUGAUGCACUAUAUCUUCUCAUUCCUGGAGUUGAAAGAUCUUGCAAGAGCCUCAUUUACUUGCAGACUGUUUUUCCUUCACUGUUAUGACCUCGUCUGGUACAAGGAGUUGGACUUGAAGCCUUACUGGAGUCAGAUCAGCAACGAGACUUUGGAUUCUCUUUAUACGCGUUGUGUUUCUACAGAAAAGCUUGACCUGUCCUGGUCAGGCCCGUACGACGCUGUCACUUCUCACGGGAUGUGCAGAUUUCUUGAAACGUGUGGAGGUAAGCUUGUGUGCUUACGAUUAAGCUGCUGUCAGUAUGUCGACAAUGAGGUGAUCAAGUCUUUGUGCCAAUGUUGUCCGAAUUUAGAAGAGCUUGACUUGCAGUCUUGCAAUUCACAGUCACUAAACGAGGGUGGGCUUUUCAACCUUAAAAGCCUGAAAAAUAUCAAGAGACUCAAUCUUUAUAGAGUGUCGGCGGUCACAGACAAUUUGCUGAGAAAUCUGAUUCAGUCAUUUAACAGCCUCCAGCAUCUCAAUCUUGGCGAUUGCUACUCCCUCGCGGAAUGCGACCAGGUCAUGCAUUCACUUGGUACACACUGCAGUGGGCUGGUGUCGUUGGAUCUGUGGCGGAACAAGAGUCUUACAGAUGCAGGCAUCCUUUCAUUGGCUGAGGGUUGUCCUUUGCUAGAGGAACUUGAUAUCGGAUGGUGUUCAAAUGUCGCCGCUUUAUCGGAAUGUAUAGUUUACUUGACAUCCAAAUGUAGAAAACUCAGGAAGUUGUUUCUUACAGCUCUCAGGUCUGUCAGUGAUAGUGUUAUCGAUGCUUUAGCUGAUAACUGCCCUGAUAUAGAACAAGUAGAUGUACUUGGCACCAGUCUAGUUCAUGAAGACGCGAUCAGGAGGUUGUUAAAACAGUGCAAACAUUUGAAGCUACUCGAUGUUUCUUUCUGCUCACGGUUGUCUAAGGAGCUUGUCCGAGAAUUGCGGUGUAUGUAUCCAAACGUGUCGAUUAAGAGGAGUUUUGUGACCGAAGAACUUGAAUGAUGUGUCACGUUGAACCAUGUUGUCACACAACGAAACCUCGUUCCCAGGGUUUCUGUUCCUCCAGCCCCGUAGAAGAAGAGAGAGCCUGGGAAGGAGUUUGAACGCAACGACCCUUGCAUAGCGUUCCUUUUAACCAAGUUAAAUCUAGAUUUUUGCGAUGGGGAAAAAUAUUUCGUUUUUUCUCUAUCCAAACGAUCCACGUCCGAAGGUGCAUCGUUCAGAUUUGAAACCAAAGCUGGCUUUUUCCGAAUUAUAUCACCUGGUCACUUUGUUUUGAAAAAACAAAAUCAUUCCCAGGCGACAUGACAGAUGAGCAGCUAGCGGUAGUUGAGUCGCUUUUAUUUCCAUGGCGUUUGUUUUCUCUUUUAGUGCAAUCGUUCCAAGUAGAUUGUAUCUACGAUAAGUAGAUAGUGACCUCAGAAAUAUGACAUUUUUCUUUUUAAUUUCCUCACAUGGAGCCAGUGGAGACUGCGAGAUAGAAUUGUCGACACCAUAACUCUAAUAAACUCUACCAUGAAUUGUUUGGUUUUUUUUUUUUAAUUUUAUUCGAAACCUUUUGUGGCGUUGCUUAAUAGCAGAAUUGACCAGCCGCUGACCAAAAGAUCUGGACACAUGACGACUGGAUGUAUAUCGGGACAACUUAUUGCUCGCGUUUAUAUUUUUGUACAAAAAUAUGAUUUUGAAUUUUUUAAUUCGAUACGUUUUAUUAACGUGUUUAGUAUUUAAGUGAAACAAUCAAUUUGUUCCGAGUAUACAGGCAAGAUCCGAAAGCUUUGAAAAUUGCCCGAGUGUUUUUCUGGACAAUUGACUUGGCUAAUGUAUUUUAUUUCACCACGAAUAAGAAUAACCAACACACAGGUUUAUUAUAUAUUCUCAGCUAGUUAGUGCAUUUUUUCUGAAAACUUUUAUUAGAAAUAGGGUUUUCAAACUUGAGCUCAAGAAGUUCAAGUGGAGAUUGACUUUCUCUUAAGCAAUCAAAAUGUAUUCACUAGUAUUUGAACUAAUAAAUGGAAUGAAAAUGUUAA